CCGCGCGAGCCUGGGCUGGGCGGAGCGGGCGUACCCCCACGGCCCGGCCGGUGGAAGGCGCGGGCAGCAGCGGCUCCGAGUGGCCGCGGCGGUGGGCUGUGCCGGAGUCUCCUCCCUUUGGCCCGCUGCAGGUCGCCAAUAUAAAUGCUUGAUGAGUGAAUUAAUGACUUCCGUCUGGGACUUGGUUGCAAAUAAAGCCGAGCUGCAUCUUAGGGAGGGGUGGAGACUUUGCCCCUGUUUGUGCCUUGAAGCCAGCAGGGCCUUGCCCUAGGAUACCUCCACCCGCCCUCCUGCCCAGCAAGUGGAGGCCCGCAGCCCGAGUGUAGCCGCCAUGGCUUCGCCGCAGCUCUUCCGCGCGCUGGUGUCGGCGCAAUGGGUGGCCGAGGCGCUGCGGGCCCCGCGCGCUGGGCAGCCCCUGCAGCUGCUGGACGCCUCCUGGUACCUGCCGAAGCUGGGGCGCGACGCGCGACGCGAGUUCGAGGAGCGCCACAUCCCAGGCGCCGCCUUCUUCGACAUCGACCAGUGCAGCGACCGCACCUCGCCCUACGACCACAUGCUGCCCGGCGCCGAGGAUUUCGCGGAGUACGCAGGCCGCCUGGGCGUGGGCGCGGCCACCCACGUCGUGAUCUACGACGCCAGCGACCAGGGCCUCUACUCCGCCCCGCGCGUCUGGUGGAUGUUCCGCGCCUUCGGCCACCGCGCCGUGUCACUGCUUGACGGCGGCCUCCGCCACUGGCUGCGCCAGAACCUCCCGCUCAGCUCCGGCAAGAGCCAACCUGCUCCCGCCGAGUUCCGCGCUCAGCUCGACCCCGCCUUCAUCAAGACCUACGAGGACAUCAAGGAGAACCUGGAAUCCCGGCGCUUCCAGGUGGUGGACUCCCGAGCCACUGGCAGGUUCCGCGGCACCGAGCCCGAGCCCCGAGACGGCAUUGAACCUGGCCACAUCCCGGGUACCGUGAACAUCCCCUUCACAGACUUCCUGACCCAGGAGGGGCUGGAGAAGAGCCCUGAGGAGAUCCGCCAUCUGUUCCAGGAGAAGAAAGUGGACCUGUCUAAGCCACUGGUGGCCACAUGUGGCUCUGGUGUCACGGCCUGCCACGUGGCACUAGGGGCCUACCUCUGCGGCAAGCCAGACGUGCCCAUCUACGAUGGCUCCUGGGUGGAGUGGUACAUGCGCGCCCGGCCCGAGGAUGUCAUCUCAGAGGGUCGGGGGAAGACCCACUGAAGCUGGGCAGGACACAGGCGAGCUCAGGUGAUGCCGGCCACCAGCAACGCCUGGCCUGGUAGCUCCGCUUCUGCUUUCACCAAGAGAGUGUUUCUUCACUCAACUCAGGUGGCAUUUGGGGUGACAUCUCAAAGGCCAGGAAUUCCGUUGACUUGUUGGCUGCCAGUAGGGGCGGGAGGAAAGGCGGAGGCGAGCCCUGGAGGAGGGAGGCCACAACUGCGAGCUGCCCACCUGAUGCUGAGCUGGGGCCCCACCUCCUUUCUGUUUUAUUUUUGAGGAAAUAAAAUAACCAAGUGCUAAA